AUGGCGUCCUCGAAUUUGUACACGCGAGUGCGGGCCGCGGAGAUAGUGAGCGAGCUGCGCGCAAACGAGAAGAAGUCGCGUUCGGCCGUCUUCCGCAAGAGCACGCUCAAGAAAAUCGUGGCGAACAUGACUUUGGGCAACAACGAAAUGGCUGGACUUUCGAGCGAGGUGUUGGCCAUAACGCUCGAUCUGGCCAACGAUACCGAAGCCAAGCGGCUCGGCUACCUAUUUUUCAGUACCUACUACCCCCAAAGCCCGCACGAGUGCGUCAAUUUGCUGCCCAUGCUGGAAAACGACUUCCAGAGUCAGUCGGCUGUGGUCCGCUCCUUGAGCAUACGCACUCUCGCGACAAUCCAGAUCCCGGAGUUUCUGGCCAAGGCCAGCGAGCUGGUGUGCGAGGCAAUGGCCGACAAGGACCCGCACGUGCGCAAAAGCGGAGUCUAUGCUGUUUCUCGUAUCUAUGGGCGGGCUCCGGAAGAGGUCCGGGAGCAGUUCCUGACGGCCCUAAAUCAUCUGUUGCACGAUCCAACGGUGUCCGUGGUCGCGGCGGCAGUGGACUGUCUGCGCGAUUUGGUAGAGAACUACGACGGAUUGCAGCUUUCGAUCGACAGGAAUAACUGUUUCCGGAUCGUGGAGCUGCUCGCCGGGUGCGACGAGUGGAGCCAGGUCAGUCUUCUGAACUCGGUGAUGGCGUUUGUGCCGCAGACUGAGGCCGAUGCGAUCUCGCUCGCGGAGAAGUGCAUUCCGCUUUUGCAGCACGGCAACUCGAGCGUCGUGCUCAAUGCUCUCAAGGUGAUUGUCUAUCUGAGCAACUACGUGCGAAAUUUUGUGGAUGUUCUUCCGGCGAUUACGAAACGGGUUUCUGGAUGCAUAUCGAACCUCAUGUCGAAGCCUGCGGAGAUCCAAUUUCUGACCAUGCGCAACGUUAUUUUGCUGCUGCUGGAUAAAGCCGAGAUGCUCGAUUUGCAGGUGUCGAUGUUUUUCUGCCAAUUCGACGACCCGGUGUACAUCAAGGACACGAAGCUGGAGCUGAUCUUUCUGCUGGCCAACGAGAGCAAUAUCUCGCUCGUGCUGCGCGAGCUCGAGGAGUACGCUCUCGAGAUCGACGACCAGAUGGUGCGCAAGAGCAUCCGCGCGAUCGGAAAUCUGGCAAUCAAAAUUCCGUCCGUGGCAGACCGCUCGAUCGAGGUGCUUGGCGGACUUCUGGCCAGCUCUCUGCCCCACAUUGUGCAGGAGGUGGCCAUCAUUCUAAAAGACAUUCUCCGGAAAUACCCCGGAAAAUAUCUGUAUCUGAUAGACUCGCUGGUGCAGAACGUGGACCUGCUCACCGACUCUGACUCCCGCGGGUCAUUUAUAUGGAUUUUAGGAGAAUACUGCAGCUCGAUCCCCGACUCAGCAGACAUCCUCCAGAAACUCUAUGCCAACUUCGACACCGAGCCGACGCAGGUGCAGCUCACCACUCUCACUGCUGUGGUGAAGGCGUAUCUGUGCUUGCCGUCGAAAAAGACUGAGAACCUCGUACUGGACGUGCUGCGCAAAACAACGGAGGAGGCCAACGAGCCAGACGUGCGCGAGCGCGCGUACUUUUACUGGCGUCUUCUUUCGUCCCAUAAAGACAUCAAGGACAUAGUCAAGCCCGUGCUGCCAAUCAUCGAGGUCUCAAGCGACAAGCUUCCGCCAGAAAUACUGGAGGAGCUGGAGCUGAACAUCGGAUCGCUGGCCUCUAUUUAUUUGCGGCCUGUUCAGCAGGUGUUCCGUCUCAGCAAGCCCAGAAGACUGCCAGUCUCGCCCGCUCUCACCAGAACGGAGUCACGUGCCUCGUCGGCCCCCUUCUCAGAUCCCGUCUCAAGAAACACCUCUGCUACGUCUGUGUAUAAAUAG